AUGGAGUACCUCAACGGCUCAGAGAAGAACAGCGUCGUCACACAGUAUCUGGACAUGUGUGUCAAUACCAAACACAACGACUCGCACAAGGAAAAAAACAGCGACCGGGAAACGGCAGACGCCGGCAAACUGUCUCACAUUGAGAAGGCCUACACAACAGUUCUGAGUGAGCUCGGCGAGGACGUCAACAGGGAGGGACUGCUACGGACGCCGCUGCGUGCUGCCAAAGCCAUGCAGUUCCUCACCAAAGGCUACAAGGAGACCACCCAAGACAUCCUAAAUGAUGCCAUCUUUGAUGAAAACCACGAGGAGAUGGUGAUAGUCAAGGACAUUGAGCUGUUCUCUCUUUGUGAGCAUCACCUGGUGCCCUUCUUUGGCAAGGCUCAUAUAGCUUACCUCCCGAACAAAAAGGUUGUUGGGCUCAGCAAGCUUGCGAGAAUUGUUGAAAUCUACAGCAGACGACUUCAAGUUCAGGAACGUCUGACCAAACAAAUCGCUUCAGCCAUCUCUGAGGCGCUGGAGCCAGCUGGUGUAGCAGUGGUCAUCGAGGCUGUUCACAUGUGUAUGGUGAUGCGAGGCGUGCAGAAGAUGAACGCCAGCACCGUCACCAGUGUCAUGUUGGGGGCCUUUCAUGACGAUCCCAAAACCAGGAAGGAGUUCAUGACUCUUGCAUUGAGGAAAUGAGUUUUUAAGAUUUAACUUUU